AUGGUCAUUCUCACCAAGACGGCGCCAGCAAGGCUGAUCGCGUCGGUGCUCGUCCUAACUGCAUCCUGCUUACCGCUUGCACAAGCAGCGUGCGAGUGCGGCUACCGCGACCCGCUCACAAAUGCUCUCUGGACUGACCGCGCCAUCACCUACUUCAACGAAACUGGCCUCACUGAUGUCGUCACCCAGCCAUCACAGUCGCCACGCAUUUAUGGUGGCGCGUCUCCGGGAGAGACCGGCGAUGGUCAACAAACAUGGUCACUCGUCGGCAACCUCGUCAACAAGUGGGAAAACAGCUUCUUAGCCACCUACCGCAGUGCCGUCAGCUACAAUAACACCUUCGCUGACGACAAUGCAUUGGCACUCCAGGUUUCGCCCGCAGAGCAUGUACAUCGCAUCGUCAAUGGCUCCCAAAUUGUCACUCGUAGGCGCGACAUUCUCUAUGGCUCCUUCCGUGCCCAAAUCGAACCUGCUAUCUCUCGCGGCGCUGGCGCUGCGUUCAAGUUCAGCGCCGCUUACAACGACUCAGAGACGGUCAACAUCGGCAUCUUUACCUCGAAUGAUCCUCGCAACUCGACGCUCCAGUGGUCGUGGUCCGCCUAUGGCCAUGGUGACCAACCCGUCAAAGUCAACAUCUCGUCUCUUGGCUCCACCGACUAUCUCGAGCACCGCUUCGACUGGCAGCCAGAACUGCUUCAGUGGCGCAACGCCGCGACCAACGAUAGCGCAAAUUUCCACUCGAUCCAAAAGGGUGUCAAUGCAACCCACCUCCCCAAGACGCCCGCACCCAUCAGCUUUCAGGCCUGGGCCAACGGCGAGCGUUCGCAAUCCCAGGGUCCACCUCGCCGCGAGCCUCUCCUGACCCACGUCCGCUACACGCGUUUCUUCUUCAACUCGAGUCUCGAAGUGCGUCAGUCCCAGUUCAGCUCGCAAUGCUCUAUCGCUGCUGCCAAUGCCGAUGCCAUUUGCAGCACCGAAGACUUGACGCUUCGCGACAGCACGCCUUUCGAUCUGGCUGCGCUCAACAAGUUCAAGCCGUCCAAGGUGCCCUUCACCUCUCCUCUAUAUGGCGUCAUUGCUAUCUCGGUGGCUGUCGGCAUCUUUUUCAUGACCAUCGCCCAUGGACUCGUCGUGCGCUCCAUCAAGGCCAAGGACAAGAAGCGAGCCGCUGCCAUCGCGGCUCAGGAAAAAGUGCGUGGAUCCAUCUCGGCUUCGUCUUCUGAAACCCACAUAGAUGGAUUUGGGUUACCGCCUAAGAUGGCCUCGCUCGCAUCCCACGACUCUGGCCUCGGCAGCGAUGGCCAUGUCACGCCCGUCGAUGCCGACAAGAUCGAGGACAAGGCGCAACUGUCCGGCUUCAGCUCUGUUGCAACGCCAGCAACUUUGAGCCCAGCGCAUGCCACAGCAGCUCAGCCAGUUCACCUCUGGACCGCACCUGACCUCGUCUACGGCUCCGACAGUGACUCGGACGAUGGCAGCGAUUCCGACAAUGACCUCUCUGACGCACGCUCCUACAACAGUCACACUGAGUUCGGGGCUAGAAAUCAAGGCGUCUUGCCACGCUUCGCUGGCUCGACCUCCAGUCUGAGUCGACCCUCGAACUCGCUUAAUGGACAUGAUUUGCCAGCUUUUGGCGGCAGCGGUGCUGAAACUCCGAGAUGGAUCGAGGACAUGAAGCGAACACAAACCCUCCCUUAUGUUGCUCCCGGCUUUGUUGGCGAAACUGCCUCCUCGGCCUACUCGCACAGCCUAUCGGGGCACAACAAAGAGCGUCCAAGCUAUGCCACCAGCCUCAAGAGUGACUACGACGAGAUUGAGCUUGUCGAUAGUCCUUACCUUGCGACAUUCAGCCGCCAAGCCAGUUCUUCACAUCUCGGCUUCCCAGGUGCUGAUUCCAGCCAGGAUCAUUCGACCCACAUGACCCACGACCAGCUGAUCGCCCAUCGACCGCGUGCCGGGUCCUUCGCCUCGAUGCGCAGUGCUGCAGCCGCUUCCUCAAUGUUUGACUUUCAGCACGAAGGAACUUCGAGAGCUGGAUCUAUCCAUGAGGUAUAUGGCUCCGAGACCCACGACGCCUUCCAACGCCCGCAAAUCAUCCAGUGGCAACAGCGAGACCUAAAUGCUGCUGAUGGUCAAAUCGGCGCUCUCGCCAAACCCGAGCUUGGUGAUACAGUGGGACGCAAAGCUCGAGACGGUGCUGGUACGAGCGUCAAGCUGCCCGAGUCGUUCUGGCAGUCCAUGAUUCGCCGCAUCAACAAUCUCCUCUUUAUCAAAGGCACCACCCAGCUCACUUCGACCGGAGCACGCAGGAUCGACUAUCUGGAUGGCAUGCGAGGCUUUGCAUGUUUCCUGGUCUCGUUCCACCACUUCAUGCUCAUCUACUACUAUGGCAUCACUACACCCAAUGCUCCGCAUCAUUAUCCCAAAUUCGAGUUCUGGUUCCGCUCGCUCAUCGGUCCAAUCGUGGUCAACCAGGGUCUCAAGCUGGGUAUUUUCUUUAUGCUGCCUUCCCGUACCAUGACCAACCGAUACUUGCUCAAGGGUGGACUGCAAAGCAUGGCCGACGCUACGGUUCGGCGCGUUCCUCGUCUGGCAUUGCCAGUUCUCGGCGCUGUUCUGGCCAACUACUUCCUCAUGGACGUGGGAGCCUUCAAAUGGGUUCCUCGUCUGGCGUCGAGGACAUGGUCGACGUGGUCCUACUGGCAAAAUUUUGACAAUGUCAUGGUCUUUUUGAAUGCCUUUAUCUCGCUCUGGUGGUCGGCUCCUCCAAUUCAACCCGCUAUAGAGACUAGAUAUGCUACAGGUGUGCUCUGGACCAUCCCCGUAAUUGUCCAAGGUACCUGGACAUGCUUGAUCUGCGCGCUCAUUGCACACGAGAUCAAGAAUGCGUACAAGCGUUUCACUUUCUACGGUCUCUGCAUCGCGCUUAGCUGGUACGCAAACACGUGGGAUCUCUUCUUUAUGGCUGGUCUCGUGGUAGCCGAUCUGGAUAGCAAGCUCAACUACCAGGCUAAAGCUGCCAAGGGCAUUCCCUUAAUUCCCGGGAUUGUACGUCGCGGCUUGCACCUCCCCGAGUCGCUCGACAAGCUUCGAGUUCACGGCCAGGUUCUCGCUUGGGCACUUUUCCUCGCAUGUUGGGUUCAGCAGUAUCUCUCUCAAAUUCCUGGAGCGCCCGGCAACGGCUUUGAUGAUCGGGAACACAGAAUUCACCCGGGCUGGAGCACUGAGCAGCCGCACGCUUGGACAAACGACCCGGGCAUUAGCUACACGUCCCCACGUGCGGCCACCUGGCUGCUGUCAUUCAGCUUCUUCAUCCUCACCGACCUUUCCAACCUGCUUCGAGCCUUCUUCCGUUUGCGCGUAUGGUCGUACAUCGGUAAACACGCGUUUGCGGUAUUCUUGAUGCACGGUGUCAUUUGGUGGACGUGGUCGGCAUGGUUGUGCCUUACGAUGCUUGCUGCAGGUGUGCCAUACUGGGCAACGAUCUUGGUGGUGUUCUUUACGUCGUAUGCACUGCUGAUGGUGGUGGCCGAGUGCUUCACUGCUACCUUUGAUUCUUGGGGCGGAGUCUUCUCCAAGGCUGUGUGGAGAUCUACCUCUGCCGGUCUCGGAAGGAAAGUCUGA